GAACUUCGUGGAGCCAGCACUCAUCUCAAGUCUCAACGACAACGAGCCUCCACACGCGCACUUCUAGACGUGGGUGUCAUGGCGGGUCCGGCGGAGAGGAAGAUGAAGGUGUGGGAGCUGGUGCUGCGGUGCCUCGUCGGCGGCUUCGGCGCGGUGGCGGCGGCGCUGGUGGUCACCGACAGCCAGACCAGGACCUUCUUCUCCAUCGAGCGGAGGGCCAAGUACACCGACAUGAAGGCUCUGGUGCUCCUGGUGGCCGCCAACGGCGCUGCCGUCGUGUACAGUCUACUGCAGGCGGCGCGCUGUGCCGUGGCGAUGGCGAGGGGAGGCGGCGCGCUGGUCAUGAGCAGAAGGGUGCUCGCCUGGUCGGUCUUCUCCGGCGACCAGCUGCUGGCGUACGCGAUGCUGGCCGCGACGGCGGCGGCGCUGCAGUCGUCGCUGCUCGGGAAGCUCGGGCAGCCGGAGCUGCAGUGGAUGGGGAUCUGCGGCCUCUACGGCGCCUUCUGUAGGCAGGUCGGCGCGGGCAUCGCGUGCGCCGUCGUCGCCGGACUCGCCGCCGUGCUCCUCGCAUCCUUCUCCGCGUUCAACCUGUUCCGCCUCUACGGCGGCAACAAGGGGAGCAAUAGUACUAGAAACGGCGCAACGUGGUACUAGGAUAGAAAGUCAAGUCAGUGAAGAUAAAAUCGAUCUCAGCUACUUCAGAUUUCAGAUUGUAGAGUGGAUCGGUGAAUCUUUUUUAACUUUUCUUGGUGUGACUCAACAAGCUGGACUGAAGACAUCGAUCCUAAAGCAUUGCGGCUCCUAUGUCAGGACUUCAGAUCUUGGUGUUCUGCACCAAAAUACGUAGUUCCCUUUCCAAUUACAAUCAAAAUAUGGUGUUGGCGUGAAGCUGGUGUAUAUGUGAAAGGGCCCCCUUUUGGUAGAGCACGCACUAGUGCACUACCGCAAGGCACGCGUGCUGGUAGUCCACUGACCCUUCGGGAAAAGAAGAUCAUGAUGUAAAUCGCAGCGAAAGGUUUAAUACACAACGUUGUGUAUCGUUUCAUUGAUAGGAAAAAAAGAGUUGCAGAGUUA